CUUAGUAAUGAUACAGCACUUCAAGAUACUUUUACUUUCAUCUUCUCCAAGUUCAGAAAUAUCGAAACGCACACCCCUCCAGAUACCGUAGAGUUAAACUUAGUUCAAUACCGUCAUAAUUCACAAACACUCUUCACUCUUCAGGGCUCCACUUAACCAAAAAGAUGGAACAGGAAACCCUGUCCACAGAAACUGAACUGACGGAGGAGGAUUUGGGGGAAUACGGUGACACAACCGAUGCUAAACCUGACAGGAGGGGCCGGUUUGCCCUGUUUGGCCCUAAGAAGAAUAAGGAUGGCAGAGUGCAGGAACAGGACCAUUCUUAUGAAAGCCAUUACAGAGUCAUCUCACCAGCGUUCCAGUAUAGGAUGAGCCACGGACGAGUGGGCAAGUGCAUUAUCAUCAACAACAAGAACUUUGAGGAAAAGACAGGCAUGAACGUGAGGAACGGGACGGACCGUGACGCAGGCGAGCUGCUCAAGUGUUUUAAAAGCCUGGGGUUUGACGUGCGAAUCUACAAUGACCAAACCUGUGAGAAGAUGGAGCGUCUGCUGAGGGAGGUGUCGGAGGAGGACCACAGUGACAGCUCCUGCUUUGCCUGCAUUUUACUGAGCCACGGCGAGGAGGGCAUGAUCUACGGGACGGACGGCGCUAUGCCCAUCAAAACCAUGACCUCUCUCUUCAGAGGGGACAUGUGCAGGAGCCUGGUGGGCAAGCCCAAGCUCUUCUUCAUCCAGGCUUGUCGAGGAUCCGAGUUUGACGACGGCAUUCAGACCGACUCGGGACCACCCAACGACACUCUGGAGACGGACGCCAAUCCCAGGCAUAAGAUUCCAGUGGAGGCCGAUUUCCUGUUUGCGUAUUCUACUGUGCCGGGCUACUACUCCUGGAGAAAUCCCGGGCGUGGCUCUUGGUUUGUGCAGGCCCUCUGUAACGUCCUUAAUGAAUUUGGAAAACAGCUGGAGAUCAUGCAGAUCCUCACACGGGUCAACUAUAUGGUGGCCACCAGCUUUGAGUCAUGGUCAGAGGACCCACGCUUCAGUGAGAAGAAGCAGAUCCCCUGUGUGGUCUCCAUGUUGACCAAAGAGCUUUACUUUAACUAA